UUGGGCCGUUCUGUUGCGAUGUGUCUGAUCAAGUGAUCAACUUAACUUUUAGCAAACAACUUUGUUUAUCAUAACUUUCAGUGGCUCAAACAAUAGAUCAAUGCCACAUUACCAUCAUGCGACAAAUUCAAGCAGUCCCUUGAAGCAAACACUUAAAUAUCUUUAAAUCGUCAUCUGAAGCCUAACUUUUUCACAGACAUGGCAGCAAGAAUUGCCGAAGAUGACAUUUUGGACGACGACAUUCAGGGAAAGGAUGACUACGAGCUUGACCUUGCUGACGAAGAUGCAUUACUCGAUUUGGACGAGGAUGAAACGCACACGUCUGGCAAUUCGCGUGAUCAAACAGCAGAAAACGUGGCCAACAUAGAGUAUGUGGAUGAGGAAGGCAACCCCGUGGCAGUUCAUGAUGGUGACAGGCUUGAAAUAGUAGAUGAAUACAGCUACAGUGAACAAAGGACGAAUGACGAUGGAGAUGUGCUGGACGUUGGUAUAGACCCAGAAUUAGAUUCUCUGAUGCAAGACAGUGAAGAUCUCGAGAGUUUGUCUAGCCUGCAGCCUCGGUCCCAUCGACUUCGUCUGCCAAACCGGCCUCAGAAGACAGCCCAGAGUGCAGUGCCACCACCCGCUCAGAAAACAGAGGAGCCUGUGCCACUCGCCCCUGAACCACCCUCUUCUCCAAGUUUGUCUCGCGCCGAGUCCACGGAGAGGGAGUCUGCAAGACCUCCUGAAGACGAAGAAGAGGAGGAGGAGGGAGGAGGACGGAGAGGCCGCUUCCAGACUGAAAGGCGCGUGGGCACUGUGAUUGCCACAGUGUCAUCGAAACGACGACAGGCCAUACCCGAUUCUCUAGAUGCAGUCAUCAGUCAGGAGGAUGCAGCCAAGAUUGAUGCUUACCUUAGCCGUGAUGAAAGACGGCCUCCCAACCGCCGCGGACGGGGUCGUGGUGGCAACUUUAGAGGCCAGAAUAACAAGAGAGGCGGUGGCGGGCCUUCCCGAGGCGGCUACCGUGGUGCAGCACCGCACAUAGACCCUUGGGUGACACCUCUCUUUCCCAUGCACGCUCCAGGCCUUGUGCGAUUUGGGACACAGUCUCCACCGCAGCGACCUUUUCUCCCACCAGCCAUGGCCAGCACAGAGGGACCACGUGGCAAGAUCUUUGUGAACCCCCAGUUUCGCAAUGGCGCUUCUGGACUCAGACCUGGUGUCCAAAAUGAAGGACCACACUUGGGCAUUCAAACCUUUCAGAAUGCACGGGGACCGCCACCGUAUGGGAACCAACAACCAGAAUCUUUCAUGCGACCCCCAUUUGUGUCACAGGGGGGGCCUCCCCAUGUGCUCCGCACAGAGCCUUUUGUCUCUGCUGCCUUACUCCAUCCUCCUCAGCCACUGUCACACCACAUGACUCGGCCAAACCUGCCGCCCCAGCACUUCCCACCUGCCUUGGAUCACUUCGUGGUAGCUGGACAGUCUGAGGGCUUUGAAGUACCGGUGCAAGGUGCAAGGUCCUCUGAUUUUAGUGGACCGCAGCCCCCGCUGGGAUCUGAUACAUUUAGGCAGCCACAGCUGUUGGAAUCCUGGCGGUCCCCUCCAGCAACCAGGCCUCCUCAAAAUCCUGUACAACACAGGUUGCCUAUGCGACAGCAGCAGCAACCGCAUCAGCCUCAGCAGCAGCAACAGCAUCAUCAGCAGCAGCAACCGCAACAACACCUACAAGGCCAAUUUGGAAAUGCAUUUCCUCCUGGGGCCCCUCUGCAUCACCAACAACAGCAGCAGCAGCAGCAGCAGCUCCAGCAGCAGCUCCAGCUGCAGCAUCAACAUCAACAACAGCAGCAGCAUCAACAUCAACAACAGCAGCAGCAUCAACACCAGCAACAGCAGCAACAGCAACUUCAUCAACCUCAGCAGCAACAGCCACCUCUGAUGAGCAGCGGAGGCCAUUUGUUCCCGCCCAGUCCGGCAUACCAAGGCGGGCCCUUGCCGAGGGUGGCUGGAGGUCCACCCCAUAUGGCACACCAUCCUCAGGGAGCAAGCAUCUUGGAGCAGCAACAGCAGCGUCAGUUCCACCAGCCUCCAUCACCACAGAGCUCAGCUGGAGGAAGUCCGUUUCCUCCCAUGCAAGGGGGAGGCCCGCCACGCUAUACGGGUCCAGUGUCCACAACCACAAGCUUCGGUGCGCCACCAAGGUUUCAGCAGCCACCACCUCCACCACGCGAACCUUUCGGCAAGAGGCCCAGCCCUGCCUUGCCUGCGACAGCACCACCCAAGACACCACGUCUUGAAGCCCCGCGAAUGCCUCGGAAGCAAAGCCAGGGUCCACCGGCUCGCACGGUGAACAAUGCCAACAUCAAGGAAGUGCCAAUCUUGGAUUACUUGCCGCCGCCCGAGCCUGAAAAGGCAACACUGCCUCCAGCAAUUGAAGAGGACGCAGCCACUCAAGAGCUUCGGCGUAAAAUUGAGGAACAGAAGAAGCUGCGAGAACAAGUUAUGCGUAUCAAGGAAGAGCGUCGAAAACUGGCUGUCAUGCAGCGACAGAAAGACUUGCUGGAGCAGAGGCUUCAAGCUACUGCACAACCACCAGUGGCCAGCACGGCACCCAGUGCUCUGAGCACCCCAGCGGAGAAACCACAGGCUGUAGCGAGUACAAGUGCAAGUGUGAAGCAAAGACUCGGCAUAAAGCCACCAGCACCAGCUCCUGCGCAGCAGGCAGAGUCUGCGCCUGUUCUUAAAAAAGUGGUGAUUGUAAGACGAACUGGACAACAGCAGCCGCAGACUCAGCAACAGUCACCUGUAGCAACAACGGUGCCGCCAACUCCUAGCACAGCCAACCAAGUGAACACAGAGAUGGGUCCUCCACGGGGUAUGGGAAGUCUGCGAGGCCGAGGUGGUGCAACCAUAGCCAGUCGCAUUGGGCCUCUGCGCACAGCAGGCCUGGCAGCAACCGGUACACCUGGUGCACCGCGGAAGGUCAUCCGCAUUGUGUCUAACAAUGGAAGGCUGCAGGCAGUGAAUGCUGCUGGAGCAGCAGGAAUAAUGCCACCACGGCUGAUGGCCCCUGGUGUGCCGACAGUGCGGCCUCAGGCACCUGGCACUGUGACGAUGCCUAGGCUCCCAAAUACAGCAGCUGUUGGCAGAGUGCUGGUGUCAAACCUGUCGGCAUCCACAAAUGAGAAUUCGCUUCGUCAUCUUGGCCGUUCUUGUGGGGUUGUCACUGAAAUCAUUCUUGACAAGAACCAGCGUCAAGCAGUCGUCAAGUUCAGAGAACAUCAACAAGCCAUGCAAUUUCAGAAGAAAUAUCAAAGGCACAUGUUAGACUUGUCCAUGAUUCAAGUCAGCCUGCUUCCACCGUGAAGGUGGGAACAGCACUAGCUGCGCUCGGGACAGAGCCAUGGCGGCAAGAAGUCAUGUGGGAUCCAGAGUACCGGACCACGUCCUGAGGAUGCUACUGCUCCAGCCUACCAGCGCGAGGGUAGGCUGGAUUGGUUAUCAUCUGCAUUGGUCAUCAUACCUCCAGGGAAGUGCUCACCUUCCUCCACAUAGGUUCUUUGCAGCUUGCGAACUGCUUGCUAGAAGAGCCUCUUGACCUUCGUUUGGCCCUGCGACACACACCUCAACUCGUUUUACUCUCACUGUAACUGUUUCACUUAGCUAGCAAGGUGCAUAUCGAUUGUUCGAGUUUUUCUUGGUGUGGGGACUGCUUGACACUGUUUGUACCUUGAUGCCUGGAUUCGUACAACGGUGUUGAAGAAUGAACGUGCUGUCAGGAACAGUUCGACAUCGGGACAGAUGUGUGUGUGCACGUGCGCGUGUGAACUGCCCUUGUCCUUAUUAUUAUUUUUCUUUAUGUGGAAUUUGCCUGUGGGCCAUCAGUUCUCAUAUGGACGGGCACUUUCCAAUGACACUGUCAAGUUUGUGCGACUGAACUUCAAGUGUGCUUCUUGCAUUAGGCACCAGAUUGCUAGGUGCUGAUAGGUCUUCAGAGAAAGGUCACUUUCAAUCUUGUUGUAUGCUUUUACAGCAAAGCUUCAAGUUUCCUAGAAACUUGGUCGUUCUUGUGCUGUAUGGGAUACAUUCGGUGAUGAGGAUCGUGUCGAGACUGGCGAACUUCGAAGAAGCAUUCAUUGAAGAUUCGGCUUCGGCUUUCUCGUUUGGCAACAUUCAGGAAACAUUGCCCUUUGGUCUUUUAAAGCUUGGCUUUCUUCAGAAUGCACCUACUUCACCAAAACGAGAGAAUAAAGAAAGCUAAAAAAAGCUCCAACAAAGGAAUAUCUCUUCUUUUAAUAAGCUGCAGGCCAGGUUUUUCUGCAAUAUAGGGUGGUGCUCAUGAGAAGCGUUUCUUCUGGUAAUCAUAGCUGUCGGAAAUUGGUUGUUGAAGGAUAACUUCACAUCUGUCCUCACCUAGACUCUUAGGUGUACGUAUGUGCUUUUGUGCAGUACUCUUGAGCGAAUGUUUAAUCUAAUGAAGGACCUUGGAAAUUCAUUCUUCACACAAACCCUGUAGCCAUUUCUAUCAGUCAACAGGUUCCAAGUUAUAGUUUUAGAAGCAUCUGUCCUUCUGAUCUCUUCCUUUUCAUGCUCAUUACAAUAACUCGUACUCUGCAACCGAGUAUUAUUUAUUCAUACGACAUUCCGUCCAAGUUCUUUAUCUUUCUGUGAUGCUGUUUGUGGGUUUCACAGGACUUGCAUGUUCCACAAAGUCAUUUUCUUGAAACUGCUCUUCAUUUCAAGAAUUUUAAAAAUUCAUUUUUUAUGAUUUAAAAAGAAUUGAAUUUGUUAUCAGGUUGGCAGGGAGCAUUUUUUUCAUUGCAACUGCAGCCUCAUUUUCAGUUCUUAUUUUAUCUUGCUACCUGUGAAUUGUGGUGUAGAGUUCCUAUUUUCAAGUAUUGUGUCAUCUUUCCAUUUGUGUACAAGUUCCCAAGAAAGGAGCAAAAAUUUUUAAUUCAGGGAAUUCCAUAUAGAAGCGGGAGAGCGAGAAACUUUUUUCUUCAUUUACCACAUGAUGGUUCUUGACAUGAUAUUCAUAACUAGUAAAAUUUUGCAACCAGUGGGUGAAGAUCCGAAGCUUUAGUAGUUGUUUAUUGUCCGAAGAUUUGCUUAUCACAUAAAAAAUUUCAGCUACAGUGGAA